AUGCAGGCGCAGCCUUACUUCACGCCACUGCUCACAGGAACUGAGAAAAGUCGGUAUGUGAGGAAACCAGACACAGACGAGUGGUAUAAAGAAGAUGAAGAAGGAAAUGAGGUAGUGGAAAAUGGAGAAACAGAGAUGGACUCUGAUUCUGAUUUGAAGGAUCAUUGUAGCUCAGGAGAUGAAACCAACCAGAAUCAUAAAGAUGAUCAUCCUCCAUCCAAGGAGAAAAAAUCUAAAUCCAAGCCAUUAGACCGCCGAUCCCUUCUCUUCAGAAUGACUCUAGUCAACUCCUAUGGCAGUGCAGAGUUAGCAAGGUUAAAAGAUGAUGGGGCACCACUCAGGUUCAACAAUCGUACAUACAUAGCACUAGAUUGGAAGGACAAGGCAAAAAAUAAGUUCUACAUUGAAACAGAAGCAGAAGAUUCUGAGCCUCAUGAAAGUAUGAACCUACGAAGUGUGUCAAGAAAGCAACAAGUAGAUCUUAGUGAGUGUCUUAAUCUCUUCCUUACAGAAGAAACACUAGAGAAGGAAGAUUCAUGGUAUUGUCCAGCUUGUAAAAAGCACCAGCAGGCUACCAAGAAGUUUGAUCUCUGGAAAUUACCCAAAGUGCUUAUCAUUCAUCUCAAGCGAUUCUCUUAUAAUCGAUUCUUGAGAGACAAGCUCGAUACAUUAGUUACUUUCCCUACAGAGAAUCUUGACAUGUCCCGUAGUGUAAUAUGUCCGAAUGGUGGGCCAUAUCAGUAUGAUCUGGUAGCUGUGAGUAAUCAUUAUGGAGGAAUGGGAGGAGGACACUACACUGCAUAUGCUCAAAAUGCAUGUACACAAAACUGGAACUACUUUGAUGAUAGCUCAGUGUCUGAUGCUAACAAGGAACAAGUUGUUUCAAAAGCUGCCUAUGUGCUGUUCUACCUUCGUAAAGAUAGAGUGGAGGAAUACAACCAGUCAUUAUCACAGUUUAUAGCCAGCAGAGGAGAGGAGACAACUCAAAAUGGAGAUGCAGAGGAAGAGGAACAGCAUAUCGCCACGGAAACCUGCGACCGAAAACUACGGAGUCACACGGGAGCUAGAAGUAAACGACACAGUAAUGGACUUUCAGACAGUGAAGAGGAGAUGGAAACAAAUUGAUGUAGACUGAAACAUAGACUAUAUCUUUAGUGGGACAGACCAUGUACGAUUUGUCAUGAAUGCAUUGCUGUUUGCCUGUUCUAUUUCUAUUGGAUACCUGCAACGAAUGGAAAGACUAUUCAUGUACUACUGACCCAACACCGUCCAUUUGCAUGCAUGUAGGAUAGAUUGAAUAGGAAGGCUUAUCUGGGUCUAGCCUCUCUUUCUCAGUUGUGAAGUCAAUCUGACCUUGCAGAGUAAAGGUGGAUAUUGGCUCUUAACACCCAUUCGCUCAAAUAGUUCUUGUUAUUGAAUUCUGAUGAGUGAGCUAAUAAUGACCAACCAGUAGCAUUAUCUGACUGUCAAGCACUAUUUCAUAAAAUAUCAAGUCUGGAUCAAUUUCAUCUAUUUAAUUUUAUUCUCAAUAUUCAUUGACUUGAAACUGCUGACACAUAUUGCAAUAGAUAGAGGAUAUUGUCUUUUCCAAAUCUUCUCUUUUUCAUAUCUAGUGUUAGAAAAUGAAGGAUAUAUGAACCAUAACGCGGCUGGGCUCUUUUGGUAGGUUAUACAGCCGAGGGUGACUCCCCCCUCCAGAUCUUAGUUGCUAACUUUGCAGUCAUGACAAAAAUCAGCAAAUGUUUCGCUCAUGGCAUAAUCUGUGAUAUUGCAUAGUUAAUUUUUGGAAAAAUUCUGUGAUAUCAUUGAUUAGGCUAAUUUAUGCAUAAAAUCACAAUUCUGCUCUAACUCAAAAUAUCUUCAGUAACAUAUCAAUUAUAAGUGACUUGAAAUUAAUUAAUUUUAAUCAUUAGAAGAAGUAAUGAAUUUAUAAAUGCAUUGGAUUUGGUCUGCCGUACUCUACUAAAUGUUGUGUAACUUUGGAACAACGUUUUGGUCUCAAAAUUUGAGCAAUAUUGAAGAAAAGAAGUUAGGAAAUGUUGAAGCAACAUAUUAACUUAUUGGGCAAGCCGUUUAGCCCUCCCCUGAGUUAGGGUUCUGCAAUCUUUUUUUUCUAAUCUUAUUUGAUAUGCCCUCAGCUAUGGGGGUGGGGGGCUAUAGGUGGUAUCAUUACCAUUAUAUUGAUGUUGGAAAUGACACUUAUUUACAACAUCUUCUGGCUUAAUGGAAGUAAAUGAACCCUUGAUAUUCUAGUUUCCUGUUGUCGUGCUAUCUACUGCAGAUUGUAUUCUUUGGACAAAGCUCUUUCUAUUACCAUAGUAAAAAAACCAAACCAGUUUUCAUGAAAGAACUGCACAAUUGUGAUCAGGAGGUGAAUGGUAUUCCCAUUGAUGAGAUUUUUCUUGGGUCUCUUUUAUUCUUUUUAAUUAAACUUUCAUUCAUAGCAUAUUAUUGUGUUAUUUUCUUACCGGUGUUGUUGACUCUACUCCUGUAGCUAAUAUCCCACAGAACUGGUUAGUAAGAUAGGUGGAUUAUUGAAAGGCAGACACUCCUAGUGAAGAAAGAUGAUAAACUGAGAAAGUUAAAAUGAGAUAUAAUGAUAUUCUGCUUUCAUCUCGGUGCUUUACAAACAAUAAAUAUGAGGGAGGUAGGAGUAUAAGAUAAUGAGACUGCAGCCACAUAUAUGAGGAAGAGAUGCCAAAAUAGGGUUGAAAGUGCAGCAGGGCUAAUAAAACUCUUUAUAAGUAUCUGUUUAAUACAUUGCAACUAUAUGAAGUGGUUAAAAUGACAUUACAACAAAAUGAUACAAAAAGUACUUUUUUCUUCCAAAUUCCAGUUGCCGACAAGGAAUCCCCACUAUUUGAUAUUUUCGAAGAUGAAAAAUACACAAUUUCUAUAUCAAAUAUGCUUUCAGCCAAUGAGAUCGAAGGAUUUCAGUAGCUUUAGACUGUUACUGCAAAUGUGUCAUAACAAGUUUGUGAAAUGGGACCCCAGAUAUAAUUUUAGCACAAUCUUUACACAAGUUGUCUUUUUAAGUAUUCAUUCUCCAUUAAUAUUUCACUUUGUAUGAUCACAUAUAUGGUUUUGUAAGGAUGUCAAAGAGGUCUAAAGCAGUGAGUAAUAAGCAUUGCAUGUUUUUUUUAAUCACAUCCUAAGUAAAUUUUGUUUCAUGCAUGAAGUCUGUUGCAAUUCAAUUUGUUUUUCACUUUUGUGGUGUUUGCACAAAUGUGUGAUUUUAAGACAGGCCAAGCAACAUAUUGCCGAGAUUGAAUUUUAUUAGUCUGCUUAAAAUAUUGUUUUUGUACUAAGACUCAAAGGUUUUUUUUAUAGUGCCUCUCCUCAUGUUUGAUAUUUUAAAUGUUUUUACACCGUCUUUUCUUAUUCAAAGUAUCUUUCCAGUCCCUGUGCAUAUCUUUAUCCAAUCAUAAAACAAACUCUAAGAUGAAAUUCAUUACAUAUAUUUAUAUUUAUUCUUCAUAUUUAUUCUCCUCAUAAAGAUAUAAAUUUAAGAUUAAUAGGAAAUAAAACUAUAGAUACUUGACCAGUAAUAUAGCGAGAAUCAUGAUUGCAGAGGUUGUAAGUUUUUUAAAGUUUCAUGUAUAUUGUCCUACAUUAAUCAAAUAUAAAUUCAUCAUCAAUUCUAUUUAUUUUGAUUUUCAUUCCUCAAUUAGUUUUAGUGAAGUACCAGUCUACCAGAUAUUUUUUUGUAAACAUGCUAGCAACACCAUCAAAACUAUAAAAUCAUUUUCAUUAUAGAUUAUGAUUUUAUGUUUAAAAUUGUUUUAUGAUUUUGUAUUGCAGUUGAGUUAAAUCAUUUAUUAUAAGUGCAGGGUACUCUCUUUACACUAUGCAAUCAUGCAUUGUCCAACUAUGAACACUGUAUGUCACAGAUUAAUGCUAUGAUGUAAUUUAAGAUGUAAUAGAAAUAAAUCAUCCCAAUUAACGUGUGCUAAUGGGAAAAGGAAUUAGAUUAAAAAAAUUAGAAAAAUGAUAAGUAUAAUUAUAGUUAAUCUAUAUAAGCAUUCACAUCUUUGCCGAUUUUUAUAAUCAUGCUAAUGUUAGUUCACAUUAUUUGAUGAUGGAAGAUGGUACUGCCUGGUAGGACAUUGAUAAAACCACUCUAAAGAUGAAACACUUAUCAAAGAUAUCUAGAGGAAUGGCUCAUUGAAUGUUCAAGUGAAUUCUGGGUAGAAAUAGAACGAUUGUAGUUUUGAAAAUUUAUACAAAUUUGCAUGACUUAAGUGUUUUGCAAGCUUCUUUUUAUUAUUUUGCUCUUUUCAACAAAAGAUCAUAAAUUCUUGUUUCCAUCAGUAGUGUAGUUACCUUUAAUCACAACUUUGCUAAAUUUUCAAAAUGUUCAAUGUAUUGAGAUGAGACUUUGAAUCCUAGACUCAAAGUUGCAUGAAUGUCUGAGUCAUGAAGAUUGAUAUUCAUUUGCUCUGAAUUCAAACAUCUAAAUAAAUCAUAGAUGAUAUUUAAAACGUACAAUGAGAUAUAUUCAGCAAUAUUAUCAAUGAGGUACAAUUAUUGAACACUAGGCAGGAUAAUGAGUUUGAGCCAAAGUUUGGAUAAGUGUGUGAGGCCUGUGAUGGGAAAAAAAUCAAAGACUUCCGGCUGUGAUACGUUGGGGAACAUAUUUUGAUGAAAUUUUGAAUUCUGUUUUAUCAUUUCUUCAGCUAUUUUUUGUUGGUACAUAACUGAUAUUAAGAAUGAUUCAUAACUUAUAUUUAUUCUGAUUUUUGCCAACAUUUCACUUAGUAGAUGAUUAUUUUAGGAUUGCAUUUGAUGCUUAGUUGAUGAAAAUAUCAAUUCAUGACAUAUUAAAAUAUGUAUUCAUGUAUUUUCAAUUUUCAAGUUUUACCACAUUAAGAAAAAGAAAAAAAUUCAAACUCUUUCAGAGAAAUUGUGCAUUUGGAUACCUUAAUAGCAUCAACUCUAACCUUUUUCUUUCUCUUUUUAUUGUUCUAAAGCAUCAGAGUGCUGUAUGCCAUGUCCUAUCACUGUAAAGUAUAAUGCAUAUGUGAUAUCAUUGGCAAUGUUUAUAAUGUGUCAUCAGUUAAGUGCAAUUAUUACCUCAAAGAUAUGAUUGUAUAACCUGGGAAACUGGCUUUUCCCACUUGUGUAAAUUGAUUUAAAUUGAUAUUAGAACUUUUUAUUUUUCUUUGAUUUAAUAGGUCUAAUGAAUCGGAUAAAGUUCAAGCAUACUGCUAUUUAUUGUUCAGAGAUUAAUGUCAGAUAUCCAUUUACAUCAUGAGAGACAAAAGGUGUCUAAGAAGUAACACACAUUCUUCUCAUCUACAGUAUCCAUUGCGUAUGAUUGGGAUUAGUCAAAUUUGAUCUGUUGGCAUUUAGCAGGAGAUUCUAUUUAAAGGCCUUAGAUCGACAUUUAGUCUACUUGCAUGAAGUACAGCAAAUUGAUAUUCAUAAUUCAAAAGUUCUUCUAUCUUCAAUGUGAUAUAUCGCAUCAAUUCCCCCUUUCCAUUCAUGAUAAAUUAACAAUAUUGUCCCAAAACACAUACUGCAUGAACAAGGAAAUAUUUUGAUUAACUGUUCCUUUAAACCUAUCAGAACUUGAAUCCAAUGAGUUAUAUAUAGUAACAUCAUUGAUAUUUGCCAAUUGGUUUUGUUUUCUCUCAGUAUAGUUGCCAAGCAUGCAUACAUCUCAACAGCAGUCUAGCAUAAUAUUGGAUAUAGCUAUAAGAAUUAAUUCAUGUUAUGUUGUGGAAUAUUCCUUUUCCCAAAGUAGCAAUAUUAAAAUUUGAAAAUGAUAAAACAUGUCAGUGGGUGGAAGACUAUGAUUUUUCACUCACUGAGUCAUGAGGUAUAUGUAUGUAUUCUUUUAUGAUAAUACAUGAGUUCAUCUGUGUUGGUUUCAAGACAUUAUAUAAAACAGCUGAUUAAGCUACAGAAAGCUUUUCUUAGUUUAUCUUUUGUUGAUUUUCUUGAAACAUUCUUCUGCAGGAAGUACCUGUCAUUUUUCUUAUUCUGACAAAACUCAAAAAAAUUAAACAAAGUAUAAAUUUUGUCAUGUAUAUUUUGUCUUGGUGACUUUGUGUGGUUUAAAUUCCCAAACAUGCAUUUUUGAAUAAAACCAGACAUUAAAAAUUCCUAAAAACUAUUGAGAAAAUGAUACCCAAAUGGAUUAUUUGUACAAUUAAAAUCCAGAAGGAUGUUUAGUUCAUAAAAAUUUGACAACUAGAAAAUUGCUUUCUGGACCAGCAUUAUUAACAAGUGAAGAUUGCUACAGAAUGAUACCAUCAAAGUUUGAAUUGCAAGGCCAUUAUCAUUAUUACGAUUUACAUACAAAUUUAGUGAAGCAAAAUCUUGCAAUAUCAUUAUCUUGCUAUUGUAUUUCGCAAUUUUGGAUAACAUGGGAAAUUUGCAAGAGCUUAAUUACCACAAUGGGGAAAUUGUAAUAUCUUGAUUACUAUAAAUAGCCUUUAUAGUUUUGUAAGAACAGGCUUAUAAUUGUGAAACCCCUGAGAUGUUGAGUAUGUGUAUGGUAUUUCCUGCCCAACGUAGUAUAUCAAAUGAAAAGUGAUAUUAGAUAGCACAAAGCCAAAGCAUUUAGUUGUAUAUUUAGGACAAGAAUAAUGGUUAUACAAAAUGAUAUUUGAGUUUUGCAUAUAGUUUCUUUUUUUUAAUCUGUUUAGUGAGGGCUUAUAUAAUUGUAGAGCAAUGGAUUACAGAAAUACUGCAAUAUUACUUUUUAUCUUUUUUUUUUUUUGUUAGAAGAUGGUGCUUUUGAAUUUGUUGUAUUGCAUUCAUUACAAAACAAUCCUGAAAAAAAAAAAUCAAAUCAGCAAGUUAUAUUACUCUUUGAAUUCCACAUAGCUCUGCUUUUUGUAUAUAGGGACACCUACUGCAUGCAUAAAACAGAUUAACAAUGAAUACCAUUAAUAUACACUUGUCAAAAUCAGGACUGUAUUUUAAUACUAAAUA